UUACAAGUAUAUUUGACAUAAAAAUGAAAUCAAAUAUUUUGUAAAAAAAAAAAAAUUGAAAUGAAAUAUUGCAUGCUCGCCAACUCGUCCAGCUAGUAACAGAUUUCCAUUCCCCUCAAAUUUAUAAUCCCCCUACGAUAUCCUCGCUCUUUUGUUCCCCCUCUUUUUCUCAUUAUUCUCCCUACAUCCUUCUAUUCCCAUUUUCUCUCUUCCUUCCUACAUUCUUCAUCCAUUCUUAAUUACAAACCAAUAAUUCAUCAUCCAUUUUAAUCUUAAUUAUCUACAACAUAUUAUUGAUUACAAUAAUUCAAACAAUAAAUGGCAGAUGUACCAUUAAAGAAACCACCUGGAUUCAAAGACUCAUCAACACCGCCUCCGAGAGUCGCUCCUCCAAGAAAACCUCCCGUUCCAUCAUACUACCAACCUAAGAGAAAACGAAGUAACUGUUGUUGUCGUUGCUUUUGUUGCUUCCUUUGCAUCCUCCUCCUCGUCCUCUUCAUCCUCGUCGCUUUUUUCGGUAUCUUUUACGCGUGGUACCAACCCAAACUCCCGGUCUUCCGGUUCCGUCCCAUUGAAUUUGACCGGUUUAACGUAUCGGUUAAACCGGACGGAACCGCGGUGUUGGACUCCCGGAUUAUUAUCCGUGUUGAGGUUAAAAACCCUAAUAGUAAAAUGAAAAUUUACUAUGGUGAAACUGAGGUGAGUUUGACGGCUGAUCAAGAGACCGAGUUGGGGUCUGCGACCGUGGGUGCGUUUAAACAGCCUGCGAAUAAUGUUACGUUGUUGAAAUUCACCGCGGUGGUGGCGAAAGGGGUGGUGGAUUCGACGACGGGGAAGAAGUUGAAAGAUAGGGUGAAAAGUGAGCAGGUGGUGGUAAAUGCCGCGGUAAAAACUAAGGUUGGUAUUGGAGUGUUUAAGACUAAAAUUGGGAUGCUUCCGGUGAAUGUUAAUUGUGGUGAUGUUUCUUUGAAGCAACUCAAUGAUGGCAAAACUUCUCCUACAUGUUCUUUCAAUACCUUGAGAUGGAUCAACAUAAAGUCAUAAAGUAGCAAUUUUUCAACAACAUUUUAUAGCACAAACCCAAAUAUUAUUCGUAUUGUUGGAUCCACACAAAUUAAUAGCGUCUGACAAGAUCAAAUUUUUAAAUCUUUUUUUUUUUUUUGGUUAAUAUAUGUCAUAAAAGGUUAGCAUUUUUUCAUAAUUAUUUGUGAUUUAUUACUUUGUUAAGAGAUGAUAUUGAUCUAUCCUUUGAAAAUCAAUGUAUGAGAUUGGUCUUGCUACAAUUAUUAGUCAAAUACUUAUGCUGUCAAAAUAAUAUUAUUAUCAUUUUCAUAUUAAUACGAAGUAAUAUUUGGACAGCUCACCGUGUAACAUAUC